AUGGAUGAGUCGACUGAGGUGCGAACAGAUGGCAAUUCUCUGCUGAAAGCCGUCUAUCUGAGCCGUCUUCGUCUGACUCGGUUGCUCCUGGAGGGAGGGGCCUACAUCAAUGAGAGUAAUGAAAAUGGCGAGACACCCCUGAUGGUGGCCUGCAAGACACACCAUGCAGACACGCAGAGUGUACCUAAACACAAGAUGGUUCGGUAUCUUCUGGAAAGUGGUGCUGAUCCAAACAUCCAGGACAAGACAGGGAAGACAGCCUUGAUGCAUGCAUGCCUCGAGCAGGCUGGAGCUGAUAUUCUGUCACUCCUGUUGAGCAAUGGUGCUGAUCCAACUUUGGAGGACCACGCAGGCUUGUCAGCGCUUGUUUAUGCAGUCAACUCAGGUAACAAGGAUGUCCUGAGGAUUCUGCUGGACGCCUGCAAGGCAAAGGGUAAGGAGGUUAUCAUCAUCACCACCAACAAACUACCAUCUGGCCAUCAGAUGACCAAGCAGUACCUCAAUGUCCCACCACCUCCUGAUUUGGAGGAGCGCCUGUUUUACAUCCCAACAUCUAGUUUCACAUCUCCACAUGAGAUCCAGCUACGCGCGCCUCCACAAGUGUCUUCGGCGAGUGCUUCUCCACAACCUGGCAGCCCUCUUCUUGGGCUCAGGGAUCCCCAGUGUUUAAGCUCAGGACAUAGCCUAGCUCCAUCUCAACCAAGUUCUCCAACUCAACAUCCUAGUCCUUUACGAGUUUCUAGUGUGGAUAAGCGACUUAAUCUCCAGAGGCUACACUCGGAACCAUGGCCUAAGAGUCCUUCUUCCUUGCUGCUGCAGCAGAGUAAGGCUUCCUCCCUUACAGAGGAGCUAGUGGACAUAACUCCUGAAGAGGAGCUGUCUUUCAGAGUCAGUGGCCUUGCCUUCCAUGGAAGACCUCCAGCUAUUUCUCGCCACCACAGCAUCGACGUCAAAGAUGCAACCGGGCUACUGAAAGCCCUCGAGCACAUGUCUGGUAGUGAGAGUAGAGGAGGUGGAAGGAGGAGCCUAGGCAGAAAGAUGUCAUAUGACAGUGCUGCAAGUUCAACACAUUCUGCAUCACACCCAAAUUUACAUCAAGAUGGAAGUUUAGCCUUUCUGCAAGAGUCCAGUCCUGUGGAUAAAGAUCCCUCUGAUUGUCUGCCACAAAUGAAUGUUUCCAGUCUCCAAAAUGUGGUCCGCCGGCGGAACAUUGGCAUUAACCACUACAGUUCUGACUCUCAGCUGCAGCAGUUUGGCAGCUGCCAUCCAGAUGAUGGCUACAAGAAUGGUGGUGGAGUUGGAGGGGGACCAGAAAAGCGCAAGCUGGUCAACAGCAGGUCCUCCACUCUGUCUGGUUCAAGGGAGUCCUUAGAGAGUAUUGUCCAGAGACGAGGUGCUGCUGGGAUGGAGCGUAGAGGCUCAGGGGCCCUUCUGUUGGAUCACAUUUCCCACACACGACCAGGAUACCUGCCCCCUCUGAACCCCCAUGCCCCUAUACCAGAUAUUGGCGUCAGCCCUGCCCCUUCCUGCUCCUUGAGUGGAAGCAGCAAGACACUGAAUGGAGCUCUUCCAUGUUCCAAGCCUAUUCUGCCCUGUGCACCUCCUUUCCCCAGGGAUCUUAAGGCCAAGAAAACAUUAUUGAGGCGUCACUCAAUGCAAAGUGAGCAGAUAAAACAGCUAGUCAACUUUGAGGAAGCUUUUGGCCACUAG